UUCCAUCCCAGCCCCUCUAAGCUGCGCUCUCACUCGCAUCUCUGUAUUUCUCAUCUCUGAAAAAUCUGGGCGUGGCAGGAAGGAGAGGCAGAGGACAAAGAGGAAAGCGGUGGUGAAGCAGCUAAAUAUUUACGUUGCAUCACUGCCUUUACGACAGCAGCAUGGCUGAGGGCACAGUGUCUAUGGCAGAGGUGGAGACCUCCUUCCAGAAGUUUGCAGUCCAUGGAGACACCAAAGCGACUGGGAAGGAGAUGAAUGGAAAGAACUUUGCCAAGAUUUGCAAAGACUGUCUCAUUAUAGACGGCAAGAAUGUCACCACCACGGAUGUUGAUAUAGUUUUCAGCAAAGUCAAGGCAAAGACGGCUCGUGUCAUCACAUUUGAACAGUUCAACCAGGCCCUGACUGAGCUGGCUCCCAAGCGUUUCAAAGGCAAGAGCAAAGAGGAGGCUGUUCAGCAGCUCUAUGGCCUCAUUGUUGGGAAGGAACCUGCCAAUGCUGGAGUCACUAAAGUUGCAAAGGCAGCAGCAGUGGACAGACUGACCGACGCCACCAAGUACACCGGCUCACACAAGGAGCGGUUUGACGACUCAGGCAAAGGAAAAGGAAAGGCUGGGCGUGAAAACAUCCCAGACACCAGUGGAUAUGUAGCAGCUUAUAAGGGUAGUGGCACUUAUGAAGAAAAGGUUAAAAAUCCAUAACCAGGGUAAAACAAAAUCUGAGACCCAAUGCACUGGAAAGUUUAAAUGAACAAUAUAAAUUAAGCUAAAACAACAAUUGUAUGGUACAUAGCAUGUAUAAAUAGUAAUGUAAUAAUCAUGUAUUAUAUAUGCUUAAUUUAAUAAUCAUAUAUUAUAUAUGCUGUCUGUUAUUUUACAGGAACCAAAGAGCGCUUGCUUAAUUAAUUCAGCUUUAGAUUAAUGGUACCUUUCUGUGGUUGCAUCUUCUAUUGUAAAGGCUUUGACUUAUUGUGCUGUUAUACUUAAGCUGCAUUGAUUUAAUGAAUGAUGAAUUGUUGGUUGUAAGAAGAUGCCCUACUGGGUGUCACUUUUUAUUUGCUAUGCUAAUGUUUGUUCCAGUUUCUAUUCCCAUUUUGAAAAUAAUAAAAUAAUAAUUCACAUCUUCAGAGAUGAAAACAAAAGAGUCAACAAGAAAAAUGUUAUUAAACUUUACGGAUGAAGAUAUGGUAA